CUCUUUCUCUCUCUUUUUCUCUACCCUCCAAUUCUUUAGUACAACAAAACCUGAUCCAAAAAUUAAAUAAUUCACUCAAUAAUAUAAACUAUGCAAACCAAAUCCAUAUUUCAUCAUUGCAAUGCCCUAAUACAAAUCCCUUCUUUCUUCUUCUUCUGAAAUAUGUCAGUAUAUUUUAAAUAUUUUUUUAUUACAUUCUUGGAUAUCAAUUAGUACUCAUUGAUAGUACUCAUUAAUUGUACUUACAUUAAUAUUUUUCGUAUCACAUUUUUUAUACAAAAUGUUUAUAUAAAAGGCUCUUUAUAGAGGAACAUCACUAUGAACUACUAGUAAGUUGAAAACUGAGAAAAAAGAAACCAAUGCAUUAUUCAAAGGAAGAUAGAUAGAUACUUUCUUCUUCUGCAACACAAAGGGGUCCUCUUCCUCUCACAAAAAAUUUUCUAGGGCUAAAAAAUUAAGUUGAAUUUUCCAAUGUUCCCUUAUAGUUCAAACCCUUAUCCUUCUUUUCUUCCUUCAUCUUCUUCUUCUUCUUCACUCUUUCCUUUUCCUUUUCUUAAUCCUGAAAAUGCUUCUUCAAACAACAAUAACAACACACUUUUUCAUGAUCCAUUUUCUAUUCCUUACAUUCCAACUCAUCUUCAUCAUCCUCAUCCUCAUCAUCAUCUUCAUAACAUUUCAAAUAUUCCAGAAACCCUAACAAAUUUGGCUGUUUCACAAGAGAAUCAUAAUAGUAGUCACAACAAUAAUAACAAUAUUGCGGUUUCGAUGCCAAAACAAGAUCCUUUAAGUCUUGGUGGUGGUUCUCACUAUGGAAUUUCUUGUUUCCUUGCUAAGAAACCCGCAAAAAAAGAUAGGCACAGCAAGAUUUACACUUCUCAAGGUUUGAGAGAUCGUAGGGUUAGGCUUUCGAUCGAGAUCGCUCGAAAGUUUUUCGAUCUUCAAGAGAUGUUAGGGUUUGACAAAGCUAGCAACACACUUGAUUGGCUUUUCACUAAAUCUAAGAAAGCAAUUAAGGAUCUAACAAAAAGCAAGCAAAGAAACAACAAUAGUGGUGAUGCUAAAAGCUUCACAUCUUCUUCAGAUUGUGAAGAUUCAGAAGUUGCUACUAAUGAUUCCUUAAACCUACAAAAGGAGGGUGCAGGAAGUAAAAUUGAAGAGAAGAAGUUGAAAAGGGUUCAGAUCAAAGAACCUGCUUGUGUUAGAGCAAGUAAGAUGAAGGAGUCAAGAGAAAAAGCAAGAGCAAGAGCAAGGGAAAGAACUAGUAACAAGAUUUCUACAAGGGGGGUGCAGGAAGUAGAAUUGAAGAAAAAGUAUGAAAAUAGUAAUAACAAUAAUCUUCAAGCUUUUCAUCAAUCAAGAUCUUCAUCACAAGAUCAUCAAAUUGUGAGUAAUAAUGAAGCACAAAGAGAUAAUUUUAAUGUUAUUGAAGAAUCAAUAGUGAUUAAAAGAAAGUUGAAGCCUUCUUUGAUGCUUCAUCAUCAUCAUCAACAACAACAAAACCAUGUGAUCCCUAAGGAAGCAACAAGUUUCAACAACAAUGGUGAUUAUCAUUUCUUGCCUAAUUCAUCUCCAAAUUGGGAUGCUAAUAAUGGUAGUUCUUCCACUAAUAGAUCCAGCUUUUGUGCAAUAGCUAGCAUGAAUCUUUCUACAGGGCUUCAAAUCUUUGGAAAAUCAUGGGAGGAAUGCAGCAAUCCACGUCUACAUUAGUAUGUUAGUUUAUUAAAUUUUGUAUUAUUUAUCAUGAAAACUCUCUUUAGAUGUUUGGCUAGGAGUUUCAAGGAUCUUCCUUUUCCUGUUUUAUUCACCAGUGUAACUUUUUCUGUCCUAUAUAUUCUCCUUAAUUUCAACAAUGUUUGUACCAUGAUGUGUUUCUCAUGAUGGUGAUCAUCCAAUGGCGUGUGACAUUUGACCUAAAAAGGUUGCUGAGUGUAAUAUUAAUUUAUGACUGAUAUUUAAAAAGUGUGGUUCACAUUCUGUUUA